UCCCUUCCCACGUUCUUUACUUUAGUGUCAAGGGAGCUCCAAGGCCUAGAGGCCAGGGAAGGGAGGAAGAGGAGGAGAGAGAGGGAGGGCCAGGGAACCAAGCGAGGCCCGGCGCCUGUGUUCCUGGCUCUCAGGCCUCAGAGGGGAGGAGGAGGAGAAGCCGAGCUCCAGAGCCAGCGCCAGAGGGGGGCCAGGGCGGCUGAGGAGGCAUCCGUCCAGUUUACUUAGAAGCUGAGUUUGGUACCUGGCCUGUUAACCAUGAAUUAUUCACGAUUUAUUACUGCAGUAAGUGCAGCAAGAAAAGCAUCUCCAAUAAGAGUUCUCACUGAACUGAUGCAGAGAUCUCCUCCAUCAUUAAUCUCCCUGGCUGGAGGGGCACCAAAUCCCAAUACUUUCCCUUUCAAGACAGCUAGUAUUGCCAUUGGAGACAGAACAACGGUUGAAAUUGGGGAAGAACUAAUGAAGAGAGCUCUCCAGUAUUCUGCCUCAGCGGGCAUUCCAGAGCUGCUGUCCUGGUUGAAAGAUUUGCAGAAGAGCCUCCAUAACCCUCCAACCAUUGAUUAUAGAGCUGAAGAAGGACAGAUGGAGUUGUGUGUCACCACUGGAAGCCAAGAAGGGUUGUGUAAAGUGUUUGAAAUGCUUAUUAAUCCUGGAGACACAAUUCUUUUGGAUGCACCCACCUAUCCUGGGACACUAGCUGCUCUGAGGCCACUGGGCUGUAACAUCAUCAAUGUUCCUAGUGACCAACAUGGUAUUAUUCCAAAAGCCCUGAAAGAAAUUCUUUCCAGGUGGAAUGCAGAAGAUGCAAAAAAGCUGACCAGCAACCUCCCCAAAUUUCUCUACACAAUUCCUAAUGGCGGCAAUCCUACUGGAGCCUCAUUAACAACAGAUCGCAAGAAAGAAAUUUAUCAGCUUGCAAGGCAGUAUGAUUUGCUUGUAAUAGAAGAUGAUCCAUAUUAUUUUCUUCAGUUUAAUAAGCCUUGGGCACCAACUUUUCUUUCAAUGGACACUGAUGGCCGAGUUAUCAGGACUGACUCUUUCUCUAAGAUCCUCUCUUCUGGGUUGAGAAUUGGCUUUCUAACUGGACCGAAACCUCUAAUUGACAGAGUUAUUUUACAUAUACAGGUUUCUACAAUGCAUACCAGCACGUUUACUCAAGUAAGAGCCAUCAAGUUUCCUGAAACAGAUUUGUUGUCCAAACUUGUAUGUGUUUGCCAUAUUAUGAUAGCCCAGCUUCUUCAGCAGUGGGGACAAAAAGGUUUCCUGGACCACGUAGACAGUGUGGUAGAUUUCUACAAGCAACAACGAGACGUGAUGCUCAGGGCAGCAGACAAGUGGCUAAAAGACUUAGCAGACUGGCAUAUACCUGCUGCUGGAAUGUUUCUAUGGAUUAAACUGAAGGGAGUUUCUGAUACACAAGAGCUGAUCAUGAAAAAAGCUUUGGAAAAACAAGUUUUGCUGGUUCCUGGAAGAGCAUUUAACAUUAAUAGUUCUGAUCCCAGCUCUUAUGUCAGAGCUUCCUUCUCACUGUCUUCUCCAAGCCAAAUUGAUCAGGGCUUCCAAAGACUGGCUGCACUCAUCAGAGAAGCUGUAUGAUUUUAUGGGUUGAAAAUAUUCAGAAGUUUUCAAUAGCACUUGGAUUUCCUACUGAGUUGACCACACUGUAUAGUGUACAUAUACUUUUAUUUGAUUUAAGUCUGUAUAUUAACAUCCCUAAACAAUGUGUUAAUUAAUAUAUGCAGAAAAGCAUUGAUUAAGUUGCUACGAGAGUUUUCCUCUCAGUGUGUGAGAUGCCAUCUGCUAGUAGUUUAAUAUCUUUCAGGCUUCAUAAUGCUGCUGUGCUUCUCAGCUCUUUAUUUGGGCUGCAGUUGAGAAUUAUGAACUGCAAAACAGGAAUAAAAUCAGAUUGUAACAUCCA